CUGUAGCUUACGUCAGGUCGGGGCUUUGACGUGUAUAGCGAGCACGCGCGUUUCUGUCUUCUCAGUCCGCAGACAGGGAAAAGAUGGCAGCGUCCGUGUGCAGAUUCGGGGGAGCCGUGGGCCAAGCUCUGGCUAAAGCUCGUAGUCCUGUUCUGCUUUCUCUGAGACGGGGACAAGCAACUGUGUCUUAUGCCCAAAGCCUGCUGAGUGUUCCAGAGACGCGGGUCACAACGCUGGAGAAUGGGCUGAGAGUGGCCUCUGAGACGACAGGUCAUGGCACCUGCACUGUUGGCCUGUGGAUCAAUGUCGGUAGCAGAUAUGAGUCUGAGAAGAAUAACGGUGCUGGCUUUUUCUUGGAGCACUUAGCUUUCAAGGGCACAAAGAAGCACACCCAGGCUGCUCUUGAGCAAGCAGUAGAGUCAAUGGGAGCUCAUCUUAGUGGAUACACUUCUCGUGAACACACUGCCUAUUACAUGAAGGCCCUCGCUAAGGACCUACCAAAAGCGGUGGAGCUCUUGACUGAGGUGGUGCAGAGUGCAUCGCUGAGUGAGGCUGAGAUAGAGCAGCAGAGGGGAGUGGUGCUCAGGGAGCUGGAGGAGGUGGAGGCCAGUCUGCAGGAUGUCUGCUUGGAUCUACUCCAUGCCACUGCAUUCCAAGGCACACCCCUGAGCCAGAGUGUACUGGGACCCUCUCAGAAUGCCAGGACUCUGACACGGCAGGAUCUGGUGGAGUACAUCAACAGUCACUACAAGGCUCCUCGCAUGGUGCUGGCCGCUGCUGGAGGUGUGAACCAUGAGGAGUUGGUGGGGCUUGCAAAGCAGCACUUAAGUGGUGUCUCAUUCGAGUAUCCGGACGACGCUGUGCCCCUGCUGUCCCCUUGCCGCUUCACUGGCAGUGAGGUUCGAAUGCGUGACGAUUCCAUGCCCCUGGCCCAUGUUGCUAUUGCAGUAGAGGGGGCUGGGGCUGCCAGUCCUGACAUUGUGCCACUCAUGGUUGCUAAUUCCAUCAUCGGCAGCUAUGACAUCACAUUUGGAGGCGGCAAGCACCUGAGCAGUCGCUUGGCAAGUCUGGCUGUAGAGGGCAACCUUUGCCAUAGUUUCCAGUCUUUCCACUCCUCCUACAGUGACACUGGACUGAUGGGCAUCUAUUUUGUCACAGACAAACACAAGAUUGAGGACAUGAUGCACUGGGCUCAGAACGCAUGGAUGAACUUGUGUACCACAGUGACAGAGAGUGAUGUAGCCAGAGCAAAGAAUGCUCUGAAGGCCAGUUUAGUAGGACAGCUGAAUGGUACCACACCAGUCUGUGAUGACAUCGGCAGGCACAUUCUCAACUACGGUCGUCGUAUCCCAUUGGCUGAAUGGGAUGCCAAGAUUGAUGCUGUGACGCCCAAGAUAGUGCGUGACGGUUGCUCCAAAUAUAUCUAUGACAAAUGCCCCGCUGUGGCUGCUGUUGGUCCAAUUGAGCAGCUUCCUGACUACAACAGAAUGCGUAGUGCUAUGUACUGGCUUCGGUUCUAAAUGCUCAUUUAAUUUCAUCAGAUUUCCCAUUAUCUCUCCUUCUUUUAUAUACUGCUCCCCCCUUUGCAAACACCCCCCCCCCCCCACCUUUCUCUUGUCUACAGUGAAGAUCCACAUCUUCUGUUCCAUAGUGCAAGAAGUACUGUUCAAAAGGUAUAGACACACAAGCAUUCAAACAUAUUAGUCUGUGUGUGAGUACAAACCAGAGUGAAACUGAUUUAGGUUUGGUGAUUUAGUUUCAUGCAAAAAAUAAAGUAAAUUAAAAUGCAGAAGAGGUUGGGGGAGGGGGGGUAGCGAACAUUUAGAAGGAAGAUGCAGGAAAAUUAAGUCAAACAUGUCGGAAACAGCAGAAGUAUUUAUGAGAUAAUGUGAUGUUUUGUUUCUGUCCUUUAUUGUACAUAACAGAAGCUCCAAUUCUGAAUUCCAAUAAAAUACUUUAAACACCA